AUUGGCUCCGAGGACUCAGGACCUGUUAGCAGGGCCUGGCGACGGGCGAAUUCUUCAGUCCCCCGGGUAAACUCCCGAGCUGAGAAAUUGGUUCCGAACCCAACGGAACCCAGCGCUGGGCGACGCCGGGUCACGUGACUGGCGGCCUCAUGACGUGCGGGCUGCGAGGCGUCACCGUGACGUUUGGGCGACCUGCCGGGUGGCCCCGCUACCUCCACCACCUGUGCGGUGGCGGUGUCGUCAUGGACCUGGGCCCGAUGCGGAAGAGCUACCGCGGGGACCGAGAGGCGUUUGAGGAGACUCAGCUGACCUCCCUGGACCCCAUGAAGCAGUUUGCUACCUGGUUUGAGGAGGCUGUUCAGUGUCCUGACAUAGGGGAAGCCAAUGCCAUGUGUCUGGCUACCUGCACCAGAGAUGGAAAACCUUCUGCCCGCAUGGUACUGCUGAAGGGCUUUGGCAAGGAUGGCUUCCGCUUCUUCACUAACUUCGAGAGUCGGAAGGGAAGAGAGCUGACUUCCUACCUCCUUUCUGCACGGUGGAGGUGUUCUCCCUGCUGUUUUGAUGGCCGACGGCGAAUCCUCUUUUAUUUCCAGGACUCCAAUCCCUUUGCCUCCCUUGUCUUCUACUGGGAGCCCCUCAACCGCCAGGUCCGUGUGGAGGGCUCUGUGAAGAAGCUGCCUGAAGAGGAGGCUGAGUGUUACUUCCACUCCCGCCCCAAGAGCAGCCAAAUUGGGGCUGUGGUCAGCCACCAGAGUUCUGUAAUCCCCAAUCGGGAGUAUCUGAGAAAGAAGAAUGAGGAAUUGGAACAGCUCUACCAAGAACAAGAGGUGCCAAAGCCAAAGUACUGGGGUGGCUACAUCCUGUACCCACAAGUGAUGGAGUUCUGGCAAGGCCAAACCAACCGUCUGCAUGACCGGAUCAUCUUUCGGAGGGGCCUGCCAACAGGAGACUCCCCUUUGGGGCCCAUGACCCACCGUGGGGAGGAAGACUGGCUGUAUGAGAGACUUGCACCCUGACUAACCUGCUGGCGCCAACUGGAUCUGGGGCCAGGUGCUAAGAGAGGGUAUGGGAUUGGGAGCUGGGCCCUUCUAAACUCAACCUAUUUCCCUCCUCACCCCUUACAUUUAAGGCUCUUCAGAGUUCAAACUCCAAAUUCUGUAUUUUCACUUGAUUCUCAGUUAGGUAGUCUUGUGAAGCAUAAGCAGUGGCAUAGAGAAUCACAAACGGAAAAAAAAAACAAACCCAUAAUUAUUUUCUUGACCUUGAAUAUGAUUUAUUGGACUAGCUCCCUCUAGAGGUAAUAGCUGGUGUGAUUCCCUCUUCUGGUGACACUAGGUGGGCCCGGGGCUGCUCUGUUACCACCCUGUCACUGAGUCAUACUACCCAAAGCUGACUGGUUCCAACAUAAGCACCUGAGCCAAUCUAGUCAAUCUGUUUUUUCUUGUCAACAAUUUGAAAUUUGAAAUGGAGAGACCCAGAGUAUGAGAGGCACUGUAGCCAAGUCAUUAAUGGCAGCCAAGAAGCAACAGCCUCCAGCUGCUGCUCUUGUAAUUCCCUUAGUGACCUUGGAUCCUUCUUUCCCAUGUCUGGGCUGUGUAUAACACCUCCUCCUGCCUCAAAACACCCAUUAUCCCUGUUAAAAAAAAAAAAAAAAAAAGUUUUUGGCUUAAACUAGCCAGGAUCAAUUUUCUGUUGCUUGCAACUAAAGGAAACGUAUUUACUAAUAGGAUAUUUUUAUAGCAUUAUACCUUACUGAUAACUGCCUCCUAUUAUCUGAAGCACAACAAUGUGGAAAAGAGAUUAAAUUUAUUCUCUG